UAACACACGGCGGGAGGUGAGGAGGGAGGGUGUGAAGUACUAAUCGACCCUUAACACAUCUUUCCCCGUCUUAUUACUGAUCUUCACCGUCUUGUUGUAUGGUCUACCAACCUCUGUCGGCAUAGCCGAGAGAGAGCAGGUUGCUGAGGGAUGUUUAGGAAACCUCGUGACGAUAAACACACGAAAGACCCCUGGCGAAGUCGCGAACACUGCGUCGACUGUGGGGUACUAGGGAACUGGCGGGGAAUACUUGAUGGUGGCCUCUUGUGUGCUGUGGUCGGUCAGAGAAAUGUGAUGGGGCGCACAAGUCGCGUGGUUGUUGUUGGGGGCAAGGAGACUGGCAAGACCUCAAUUCUUGAAAGAGCAAUUUUUGCCAAUUCCACGGUGGAUAAGCAAUACAUCCCAACAGUGGAAGAUACGUAUGUUGGGAUUGUAGAGACAGAGCGCGGCACUCGAGAGAAGCUGCGCUUUUAUGACACGGCUGGCCUGGACACCCGCAACCGUUCCCUUCCCCAACAUUAUCAUGCACUAGCUGAUGGCUACAUCAUCGUGUACUCCAUCAGUGAUUACCUUUCCUUUCAACUAUUAACAGAUAUAAAGAAGGACAUAGACCGACAUCGUGAUAAAAAAGAUGUACCAAUAAUUGUCUUGGGCAACAAGAGUGAUACAGCAGCUACUAACCGUGCAGUCGACACAGCCACGGCAGAGCGGUGGGCCUCUGCAGAAAAAGUACGACUGUGGGAAGUGAACGUUCAAGAUCGUACCCUUCUGCUGGAGCCCAUCAUGAACCUUGCUUCUCGCCUAAAUCCACAGCCAAGCAAAACAUCAUUUCCUCAGCUCACAAUGGGUCGCAAAAACAAAGACUAAUUAGGUAUACAGCACGUGGAUAGAUUGUUUAUGUAUAACUAAAAACCAAAGAAAGAGAGAUAGAGACAGAUGUGGAGGUAUGUUUUCACACUUGUGGGAUGACUUGCAGCAUAAUCUUGUCUCUUCAUUCUCCUCUCCUUUUUCUAUGCACAAAUAUUAUCUGCAUAUAAAACACACACACACACACCAUCAACCCUUAACUGUUACAUUCCAGACUGUACCAAGUAAUACUGUAGUACUGUUGUGUUAGAAUACAGGUAUAGAGGUUAUGAUGGUAGACUUGUAAUAGUUUGUUUUUUCCUAAAAAAAAAAUACAAUAUGUGUUUGUAGUGUAGUUAAUGAUAUAUAUUUAUAUAUUUUCUUUUGUAAUUUAUGAGGAGGUCCUUGUAGGAUCUGUUAAUGUACCAUUUAGUAAAUAAACAACAUUAACAAA